CGAAACAAAACCGGCUAUCAGAAUAAAGUCAGGCAACGCGUGUGGUGUAGACACUGAGCCUCUGAUGGCUGGUCGACUCCUCAAAGUAUCCUCUCUGGCUACUGUGACAUUUGCCUCGUCUGGGUUUUAUCUGUACAGCAGACAGCUGGACCUCAAUGACCUCAGUAUCAUCCGCUUUGGACGAGCCGCUGCCACUACGGUGGUUAUCAGCUACGACUAUCUGACUGCUUUCAAACAUGUGGAACACGGCACAGAGGAAUACUGGGCGCUCAAGUCAAAGGUUCACCGGCGGUCAGCAGAGCGUCUCCUAGAUUUGUGCUGUGCCAAUCGUGGCACUUUCAUCAAGGUAGGCCAGCACCUUGGUGCUCUGGACUACCUGCUGCCUGAGGAGUACACAUCCACGCUGAAGGUGCUUCACAGCCGAGCUCCUCAGAGCAGCAUGGAGCAGAUCCAGCAGGUCAUCAGAGAAGACCUCGGUAAGGAGCUGUCCGAGUUAUUUGUCUCCUUUGAGGAGAAGCCUCAGGGUGCAGCCUCCUUAGCUCAGGUCCACAAGGCAGUGCUUCAUGAUGGGAGGACAGUGGCUGUCAAGGUCCAACACCCCAAAGUCCAGAGACAAAGCUCCAAGGACAUAGUCGUGAUGGAGGUAUUGUUGAGGGCAGUCCAUAAGGUCUUCCCUGACUUUGCCUUCAUGUGGUUGGUGGAAGAGGCCAAGAAGAACAUGCCACUGGAGCUUGACUUCCUUAAUGAGGGACACAAUGCAGAGAGGGUGGCCAGAAUGCUGGCCAACUACCCCUUCCUCAAGGUUCCCAUGAUCCACUGGGAUCUGUCAACAAAGAGGAUCCUGACCAUGGACUUUGCUGAGGGCGGCCAGGUCAACGACAAAGACUACAUGAAGAAACACGGCAUCAACGUCAAUGAGAUCUCAGAGAGCCUGGGUAAGAUGUACAGUGAGAUGAUCUUCGUCCACGGCUUUGUUCACUGUGACCCGCAUCCAGGCAACGUGUUGGUCCGAAAGUGUCCCCAGAACAAGAAGACAGAGAUUGUCCUGCUUGAUCACGGCCUUUAUCAGAUCCUGAAACAAGACUUUAGGUUGGACUACUGUCGGCUGUGGCAGGCUCUGAUUAACAGCGACAUGUCCAAGGUGGAGCGUUACAGCCGCAGACUGGGAGCCGGAGAUCUGUACCCGCUUUUUGCCUGCGUCCUUACUGCUCGCUCUUGGACCGCAGUCAAUGCUGGCAUCAGCUCUGUGCCUGUCACAAACUCUGAGGAUGUUGAGAUUCGGACCAACGCAGCUAUGUACCUGCCCCAGAUCAGCGAGCUCUUGAAUCGAGUGCCCCGUCAGAUGCUGUUGCUGCUGAAGACCAAUGACCUGCUGAGGGGCAUUGAGACCACCUUACAGACCAGAGCCUCGUCCUCGUCCUUCAUCAACAUGUCCCGCUGCUGCAUACGUGCCUUGGCCAGGCACAAGAAGAGUAAGGCUCAGUCCAGCAGGAGGCGUCUGCAGAUAAAGUUGGCUGAAUCUCUCAGCCUGGGGAAACUCACUCUCUAUGAACUGUUUCUGUGGGUGAAGAGCUUCAUGUCAGUACACUGGCUCACUGCUCUGCUGCCAUUUCUGCACUGACACACAUGGACUUUCAGACUGGAACACCAGCAACAUAUCGCAAAAGAUGACUAUUGGCUGGUUUGUAAUACUUUGUAUAAUAAAACCAUUUAAAUAUGUGCCCAAACACACACACACAUACACACACGGCUAAUACAUGCUGAGGUUUUUUAACACCAGGACUGUCAAGAUCACAACUUCUACAACAUGUGCUGAUGUUGUUUUCUCAUGAUUAUGUCAUAAUUGUGUUUCUUUUAUUUAAGAUAAGUACAUUUUUGUUUCACUUGUUUUACUCUUAUUUAAGUUCAGAUCAACUGUCAGAUAAUUAUUUCUCUCUUAAAUGUAUCUUAUGUACAAUAUUUAUUGUGCAUGAGACCAAAAUCAGCCAUAAAUAGUGCUCGAAGAAGUAAUGUGAGUGUGGAUUGACUGCAGUUUGUCAAGAAAUAAGUUAAGUAAGUUCCAGCACAUUACUCACAGACUCGUUCCUGACUCCAGCUGCACACACUGACAUGAGAUUAUCAUCCAUCUUCUCAUUUCAGUUUCGGAAAAAAAACAGUUCCACAUGUUUUCCAAAAUCUUCAACUUUACUUUAAUUCUUAGAAAAUAUAAUAUAUACUAAUGUUCCCUCUCGAAGAAGCUGGUCCACUGAUUCAUCCGUACUCCUUAACUAAAUACCUCAGAAUGCAGUUUGUGUCAAGUUGCAUCUUUUAUAGGUACAAUUGUUAUUGUCAUUAUAUUAUAACAGGUUAUGUUUACUGUUUCAAUGUUACUGUUGUUUUUUGGUUAAAUACUGUACACUCAUUCACACAAGUUUGUAUUACUAUUGGUUUCAGUGUCGUGCACUGAAUUGUGGUCACUGACAGUGAGACAUAUCUCUUCCUGUCACUGAGAAGCGUUGAUGUGAUUGGCGUUGGUCGCUUUAAUAUACAACAUGACUUAUUGCGUAGCUGUCUUUCCUCUCUGACCAUGCCUUUUUUUUCAGAAAGUGGCUUGAAUUCCUUUUUCCUAAUGUCAAUGUCACACCAAACUUACGACCUGUGCUUUGUUGUUAUGAAAGUCAGUCACAGUCAUGGUCUGUGGGCCUACCUGUCGAAUCAUGUUUGUCUCGUUCAGGAACAGUGCUGUAAAGUCAGACACAUGUCAGAAGGAUUUGCAGCAGGAUCUAAGUUCACUAACUUUGUCACAAUUCUAAGGCUACAUCCAUUGGACUAAGUUUUGUUUUGAAAACAGCGUUAUCUAUGUCAAUCUCUGUCCACCCAAGCAUUUUGGAUCCUUAUAGAUUUUUAUCCCCGUCCAUAGUAACACGCCUGAAAACGGAAAUCACAUGACGUACACUGGACAAAGGACUCGAUCAGCAAAUGGUUUUGUGUGUCUCCUUCAUAGAUCCCAAACAUUUAUGUUUCUGGCUGUCCAGACUAAAACUUGUGGCUUGUAUAGUCGACUUUACUUGUCACUGAUAAUGCAAAAUGAGUUACAGCGAUAAGCUAGUAAUUAAUUAUGUAGGGGAUCGAGAAGGGAGCCCCUUCAGAUAUAUGACCAGUGUCAGUUUUAGCAUAUCACCUAGGAUGUGACAAAUGACACACCUCCUCUUCAAUCAACUUCUUCUUCUCUCUGUAUUCUUUUUUUCUGUCCACAUUAGCUGCUUUUGUGUACAAAGACCCAUAGACUGUGUAUAACGAUCAACAACACGAGGGCUUCUUAAACUGAAGCCAAAUCCUCUCCAUCACCCCCUGGUGGAUGGCUGCAGUAUAGUUUAAAUCCCCACCCCCUUCCUCCUGGGCCAAAGGAACAGAAACGCUGGACAUGUUCGACAAACAAACAUCAAAAGUGAAAAGAUCAUUUUCAGUGUAUAUUCUGCUAUUCUCUAAAUAUCUAGAAGAGCAGCACCGGCCCACCUGAGACGGUUUAUGUAAUUUUAGGUAGUUCACACUGAUUUAUGUACCAUACAGACCCGGAUCCAGGAUAUAUUCACUUAAGAAGUGGAGAUGUGCCAUCCAUCUUUACAUACAGUCACUGCCAAGAACAGAAAGUGCACUUGUUGGAAGAUCCCGUCUCUGUGUGAAUUGGAAUCAGCAUGUAUAAACAAAUGGUAGGAGCUUUAAAUAUAGAAUAAUAGAUUAACUAACAGGACAGAAUUCAAGGGUGUGGUGUCAUUUAUUGAUCCCUGGCUUACUUUGCUAAACACUUUUGCUGACAUAUUCACAUAUUCUGCUUAGAUGAUUUUUUGAAAUUGUGAAAGCAAACUAUACUACAAAUGAAGGGGGAACAACCUGUUUAUUAUACACACCAUCUUCCAUUCUAACUCCCACAACAGAAUCCUAAAAUACAUACUGUAGACUUUUUAGGAUGUAAGAGGAGAGAAAAAUCCCAAAUAAAAAAAAACAGACAAGCCUGAAAAGCUUAGAAGGAAAGGUGCAAAAGACAACUGAGGAAGAGGAGGAGAGGUGGAAAGAACAAACAGAAAAGAGGUGGAUAAAAAGUUUUAGGGUGGUGAAAAAAAUAAACAUCCAAAUUCUUCAUUCAACUUUCUUUUUAAUCUCCUUUCCAUUUAAUUCCAUAGAGCACAUGGAUCAUUAUUGUCAUGUCCUGUUUUGUAUGAAGUUUAUGGGUUCAGACUAUGGGUCUUGUUUUUUUUCAUGUUGAAAAUGAUUUGGUUUGUGGGUAAGAUCAAUCAUUUUGAUUUAUUUAUUUAAUUAUUAAAAAUGAUAGUAUGUAAAUUCACCACAAUAAAAUGUCUAAAACAUAUUACAAAUGUUUUGUUGAGUUGUGUAAUUUUAAAUGUUUCCAGUAAUUUGAAUUGUGUUUGUGUGUGUGUGUGACUGGACCAUAUUUAUUGGAAUCCCAUUUUUGAACCCAAAUGCAGGACCAACCCAUAGUCACCAUUUCCCAAACUUUGUCUGUUUGUAGUGAUUGGCUGAGGCAGCACGUGAAACCAGUCUCCUUCUAGUAACAAAAU